AUGGCGCUCGAAUACGCUCUGGUGCAAGCUGAUGAUAUCCCUCGCACGUACGAGAUUGAGCGCGCCGGCUUCCCCGAAGACGAGGCCGCAUCUCUCGACUCUCUCCGAUACCGCCAGGAGAACGCUGGACAGCUCUUCCUCGGCGCGUACACCCCCUCACCGCGCCAGCUCGUCGGCUACAUCUGCUCGACCCUCACGACAUCCCCCACCUUGACUCACGACUCGAUGUCUACGCACGAAGCGAACGGCUCAUACGUCGCCAUUCACUCUGUAUGCGUCGACAAGGCUCAGCGAGGGAAGGGUGUUGCAAGCGGGCUGUUGAAGGAGUACUUGAAGCGUCUCGAGGGAACGGAGCGAAUCAAGGGCGCUCGCUUGAUCGCUCACGAGGAGCUCAUACCGCUCUACGAGCGCGCUGGCUUUGCUCUCGUGGGGAAGAGCGACGUCACGCACGGUGCAAGGCCGUGGUUCGAGAUGAAGGCCGACUUUGCGGACCGACCUGCGACGGCGGGCGUAGCAGAGUCGGAGGAGGACGAGGGCGAAGUGCGGUCUCCUGGACGACCCAUGCGUUGGUUCAAGGGUGGGAUGGACGAGCUGGUCGAUCAGGCAACGGGACUGAACAAGGCGGACUUGUUCUGCCCUCGAGCAGACUGCCGGUGCUUCCUGCUGCGGCGAGGGACAGGCAAGUGGGUGCAGGGGCAUGCGACCGAUUUUGAGCUGCCCGCGCUCCCUCACCCGGUCUCUUCCCCCACGCCGCCCUCAUCUUCCUCUUCUCGCGGGUACUGGUCCGUCUCCUCGCCCCUCGCCUUCGAAAACAUCGGUUUCUCGCGCAACGCCGCGCCUCCCUCCUCCUCUACCUCCUCCACCUCUUCCGCACCAGCAACCAUCAAAUACCUCACCUGCGCGGACUGCGACCACGGACCCCUCGGAUGGCACGACACGGAAGGACGGGAUUUGGGCAUGGAAGUGCAGGCGGAGAAUGAGGCGAGGGAGGGAGGACAAGGAGGUGCCGGACCGGAGGUACGGAAGGGGAGGGAGUUCUUGCUGGCGGUCGAGCGUGUGCGGUACAGGGUGUAG